UUAAAAAUAAAAAACCCGAGAACAGAAACUUGAAGUUCUCUAUUUUCUUCUUCAUAGAACAGAAUCAUUUUCUUCCUAGUCUUCACUAGACACACAGUAUGCUCAAUUUCCCACGAAGAUCACCUACGAUUACCACGUUUCUAUGCAAAAUUAUAAAAAACUCGUACGAAUCGCAUCACAUAACUACUUCACCAACUUUGUUUCACUGUCGCCACUUAUCACAUUCCUUUCCCCACAACACCACUCCUUGGUUCUCUUCCACGCGCCUUUCAAGAAGCGGUUACUCUAAUGAACUAUCUCCCACGCAGGCUCGCUUUUGGGCCUCUCAGCCCGAAUCCACCGAACACUCAACUUCUGAUGAGCUCACGGUCCAAGCAAUUCUAUCCAACAAUUGGCCCAUUCUCGAUGAAAACGAUAGCGAUUGGAAGAGUCACGCCACUGCAGUAGCUCAAUCUAUUCAUUUAAUCAAACGACGGUUACAGUGGAAGAAAUUGAAGGUUAGGUUGGAUAUGUUAUCAGUUCAGGUGAAUAAGGCAGAUCUUUGGGAUGAUCCUGUAAAUGCAGGUAAAAUAAACCGGGAGCACGGUUCGCUACUUGGAAAAGUGAAAGAGGUGAAUGCAUUGGAGAGAGAGUUGAUCGAGCAUAUUGAAAUGAUAAAGCUUGCUCGUGAAGAGAAUGAUGCAGAGUUGGAAUUGGAAUCAACCAAAGCAUUGCUUAACAUGAGAAGAAAUGCAGAAGAGAAAGAGCUAGAAGCAUUGCUGGCUGAGGAGCAAGAUUCUUGUUCUUGCUACAUUGAGGUUCAGGCUGGGGCUGGGGGAACUGAGAGCAUGGACUGGGCUGCAAUGAUCAUGCAGAUGUAUAAAUUAUGGGCCCAGAAACGUGGAUAUAAAGUUACUGUAAUGGAGGAAAUGGCUGGUGAGAUUGGAAUCAAGCGAGCUACAAUCAAAGUAGAUGGUGAAUUUGCAUUUGGAUAUGCCAAAGCAGAAAUAGGGGUGCACAGGCUGGUGCGCAUAUCACCGUUUGACAGUAAUAAACGCCGGCAUACUUCAUUUGCUGCUGUAGCUGUCAUUCCAAUCCUUGGCGGUGAAUCUUCCCGUGUACAAAUUAAUGAAUCUGAUCUUCGAAUUGAACGAUUUCGUUCUGGUGGUCCUGGUGGACAGCAUGCUAAUACUACUGAGAGUGCUGUAAGAAUAAUUCAUAUCCCUACAGGAGUUAUUGCAACUUGUCAGAAUGAAAGGUCACAACAUUCGAAUAAGGCUUCGGCAAUGGCUGUUCUUCAGUCAAGAUUAGACCAGCUAGAAAUAACACGCCAGGCGCAGUUGAAUGCACAGCAUACACAAUCUCUAACUGACAUAACCUGGGGUAGUCAGAUUCGUAGUUAUGUGCUCCAUCCUUACCGUAUGGUGAAAGAUCUCAGAACUAACUACGAGGUUUCAGAUCCUGACUCUGUCCUCGAGGGAGAUCUAGACGGUUUCAUCAUGAGCUAUCUAUCAGCUUCUUUGGAUAAAAAUGAAGAUGAUGCUUAAAUCAAUCAGCUACAGGGCAUGUUUUUGUGCUGAAAUGGAUGUGUUUGGCAUUUCGAACGACUAUGCGCUGGUGGCUUCCACUGUCCUUCAGUUGAUGUCCUUCUUCAUCAAGGUCUAGUGGAGUACAAGUAUACAUGUUACGUGGCUUCCCAUCGGUAUUUUCGCAGUCAUAAAUAAUGAUUAUCUACAAUUGAUUGUGGAAGCAGGAGGCUCAAAAGCAUUGUUAUAAUUGGAUUGCGCUGUCCAAAUAACUUACCAAUACCUAUGUUGUUGCCCCACAUUAUUCUUGGGCUUUAAGAUUCAUUUGUAUAAUAUAAACUCUAGAUUGCAUUUGGCAUUUUGAUUUUUGUUUGUUCUGAUAAAUGGUACGAGCUGUACUUGUGGACGGCUUUGCUAACCUUGCUCAAGGUAUAAUGGGAACGGAUAAUUAUAUGUAAUUUGCUUUUAUGAGCGAAGCUGACUCAUAUUCUUAGAGAAAAAGACAAUAUAAAUCUGAUUAAGCCUAACCUCCUUAUGGUUUA